AUGCCAGCAUACCAUUCGACGUUUUUGAGUGAGAGUGACACCUCUAACCGGACCGUGGGAAACAUGGUGUUGUUACCUUUCAAGACCAAGUUUAGAGGACCUUCAUACCCCACCGAACAAGAGUAUGACAUUGUGGAAGAGGUGUUGGAUUUGUUUCGUGCCAACUCGUUUUUCAAGAAUUUCGAAAUCAAGGGCCCGGCUGACCGGGUGUUGAUAUACGGUAUCUUGUUUGUGUCUGAGUGCUUGUCCAAGUUGAACAAAACCGUGGGGUUGAAAGAAGCCACUCGUAUUUUGAACAAUAUUUCGUUGGAGUCGUUUGCGUUGCCAGGUGACAUAGGAUUCCCCCUAAGCUCGAUGUACUUACCACCCGCCAACAAGAAUGAGGCCGAGUUGUUAAGAGGCUACUUGCAGCAGCUCAGACAAGAGUUAUCGGACCGGUUGUUGAAGCGGAUUUAUGUUGCAAGUGAUGUGCCCAGUAAGUACUGGCUCGCGUUCUCCAAGAGAAGGUUUAUGAAUAAAAGUCUAUAG